AUGGUCGUCAAAAACACCAAGAAGAGGGUCGCUCAACCCGCGCAGAGGCCCUCAAAGAAGCGCAAAGUAGCCGGCGACAGCCAUUCCUCCAAGACCAAGACCAAGGGGAAAGAGAGGGCAUUUGACAGGCCCACCAUCCCUAUACCCAAUCUAGGCGGGGAAGAAGACGUUGAGCUAUCGGAAGACGACGUAGAUAUGCUGGAAGAGUACGGAGGUGCCGUCUCAUUCCUCCGGUCACUGGACGAGAAGGGAAUUGCGAGGAGCAAAAAGGAGACGGAGCGGCUACACCAGCUGCACAAACCGGUCCGAAAACGCGUGGAGGACGACCUGCCUUCAAUCAACUCCGCCUCGGAGGAUGAAGGGGAGGAGGAAUGGACUUCGGGCAUCAGUGCCGAUGAAGAUGUGUCGGGUGAUGACGCUGCGUCCGACUUCGACGACGACGAGAGUUCAAUAGCGGAGUCCUCCAGCGCAGGUGCGCAACGUAGACGUCGGCGGAAACCCAUCGACUCUGACCAAGAGGAGCUAUCUUUCGAGAACCAACCUCGGAGGCGCCGACCUGAAUGGGAGCCCAAAUCCGAUGAGGAUAAGGGCAUUGAGCGGCUACCAAUCAAGCUAGCGGACGGGCGCAUACAGAAAAGCGGGAGUAAGGUCGUUCUGGAGGCGAGCGAAGACAGCGGCCUAGACAGCUACGAAGAGAGCGCUCACGAAACCGCGGCAAGCGCUCCUCGGCCCCGAUUCGAGGAUGUUUCUACAGGCGCCCGAUUUGGACGCGCAGCGGUUGCGGACGUAAUUGGGCAGAAGUCACGUAAGGCUCGAAUACAGGGUGCGAAAGAGCAAAUCGCUGGCAUCUGUCAAGAGAUCCUAGGCGAUCCUGAAAACAGCCUUGGCCUCUUGCGGCGUCUUCACACUUUCUCUCUCCCCCAAAUUUCUACACCGACGCAUCCGGAACCUAUUCCCAAUGACAUCGUCAUCCGCAAGCUUACGUUCCUGUCUCAGCUCGCGGUAUUCAAGGACGUUAUCCCGGGUUAUCGGAUCCGUGCCCUCACGGAUAAGGAAAAGGCGGAGAAGGUCAGCCAAAUGGUCCAGCGCACCCGAGACUGGGAACAGGGGCUCGUGGGCAUAUACCAAUCGUAUCUUCGCAGCCUAGAGGUUGAGCUGAAAGCGAAGAGUGAAUUGGCGGAGACGGCGCUUCAUUGCAUGUGCACGCUUCUGGUUGAAGUCACGCACUUCAACUUCCGCGUCAAUCUAAUGAGCUCAAUUGUCGCUGCCCUGAGUCGCAAAUCUUGGGAUAAGUCUUCCGACCUGUGCCUAGACACACUCAUCAAGGUUUUUCGCGCCGACAACAGCGGAGAACCUUCCUUGGAGAUCGUGCGUCUCCUCAACCGCAUGAUCAAGGAGCGCAAGUACAACGUCCACCCAGAGGUUCUCUCCUGUCUGCUCCACCUCCGUCUAAAGUCGGAGCUCGGCGUCCGAGCGUCCGAGACGAAGGCUGACAAGGAUAACGGCGCGGGCGGUGGGAAGACAUUCUCUAAAGGCCGCGCCGCGACCCGUCGUGCGAAGGGCAAGGCGGUUGACCAGCCUCACCUGAGCAAGAAGGCGAAGAAGGUGCUCAAAGAGCGCAAGGAGAUUGAGAAGGAGAUGCACGAAGCGGCGGCGGAGGUCGACAAAGAUGAGCGCGCAACGAGACAUACCGAAACUCUCAAGCUGUUAUUCGUGCUCUACUUCAGUAUCCUAAAGAGCCCGAAGCCGACACCACUGCUCCCCGCGGCGUUGCGAGGGAUCGCGCGGUUUGCGCACCUCGUGAACAUCGACUUCUUCAAGGACCUGUUACAGGUCCUGAAGACGCUCAUGACGCGCGACCAAGAUCUUAUUGUCGACACAAAUACGGAAAUAUCUGGGCUCCCAGCCAGCUCUAGUCUUGCGGCUUCCUCGGGACCGGGCCUCCAAGGCGUGUCAAACAUCGCCACCGUACAGCAUCAGCUCUUGUGUGUCGUGACAGCGUUCGAGCUUCUGUCCGGACAAGGAGAAGCUCUCGACAUUGAUCUGAGCGACUUUGUCAACCGCCUAUACUCCAUCCUCCCGUCCCUCGCGUUGAUGCCCGACAUCGAAGUCGCGCCGACCUCAGCCCGCGCACAGGCGAGCGUCCGCGGUCUGUCCUCACCGCAGUCCCCGGCGGACACGCUCUUCCGUGCCCUCCAGCUCGCAUUCUCCCCGCGCUCUGCCUCCGCCGCGCCCCCGUCCUGGCGCUCUGCCGCGUUUUCCAAACGCCUUCUGUCAGCGGCGCUCCAGUGGCCGCCCGCGACCGCCGCGCGCGCAGUCGAGUUUGUGGCGGGCAUGGUGGAGCGGGACCCAAAGCUCGAAGCACUGCUGUCCACGGAGGACCGUGCCGGGAACGGGGUGUACCGCCCCGACGUGGACGAUCCGCAGGUCUGCAACGCGUUUGGGUUCGGGAGCGCCUGUUGGGAGCUGCGUACGCUCGUGUCCAGUCACUAUGCCGAACAGGUCCGCGUCGCCGCAGCGCGGUUAUUGGAGUCGCGUUCCUCAUGA